AUGACUUCGCACAUGACUGUCUUGUACGAGAUAUCCAGAGUUCUCGAGAGGCCCUUGUCACUCCUACAUCUUGCCUCUAGCUUUACUCAGAAUGGCGGAGACUCGCUGUCAUCUAUGCAGCUUCAGAGCGCGCUCAGAAAACAACAUAUACACCUGUCCGUCGGAUCAAUACUGGCAGCAACUAACCUGCUCCAGUUGAUUGAUGAAAGUACGCAUAACCCUGAGCACAUUGAAGACGCUGGUCCGAUCGCGGCGCCUCUUCAGAGGAUGGAACACAAGCGUUUACAAGCCCUGGAGCAACCCAAGAAGCCUCUGUGCCGACCACAGCAUGCAGAGGCAGGUCCAGGCGAUGAAAAGGCCAUCGAAAGACAUCCUAUGACAGAGAUGCAAUUGUCCUUGGUACAAUCAACUCGGCAGAAUCCCGGCCGUAACAUCAUUGCAUAUUUUGAGACUCAUCGGCCCGAAAAUAUCGCUGCCCUAAGGAUCGCUUGGGAAAAGGUUUUGCAAUCAGAGCCAAUAUUCAACUUGGUAUUUGAGGUGGACGAAUUACAUGGGUAUAUGCAUGAGGCUGCGCAAGUUCCGUUCGUUUGGGAAGAGGUGAUGGUCAGCACCGCCUCUUCAUAUGAACAAGAGCUGGGCAAAUGGCUGCCCACGGAGGAAUACAUAGGUUCAAGUUUCAAAGUCAUAACUCUUCAGCCGAAGGGGGAACAGGGCCGAAGUACAGUUAUCUGGAGGGUACACCAUGCCAUGGUCGACGGCGUUUCGUUUGCUUUGAUUCACUCAAAGAUUCGGCGUAUACUCUCUGGGCAGCCACUUGUGGCUGGCCCCUCCUUCUUGGAGUUCUCUCAGAAAUUGAGGUUGAUUCAACUCAAGGGCCACAAAUCUGCAGUGGCAUUUUGGGCCCGGAAGCAAGGUACUUCGCCUCAUGCACCAACGCGCCUGUUGCUUCCAGAUCGACCAAGCGACCAGGGCACACCCGCAACACUCAACGGCCAAAUUCAGAUCAACUCCAACGUCCAGAGGCUAGGAGAGUAUGCAAGGAAGAAGGGGAUCACGCUCCCAUCACUCUACUUUGCUGCAUGGGGCCUCGUUGUGGCUAGAUACGCUGACUCGGACUCCGCCUCGUUCGGCGCUGUUCUCUGUGGACGCAACUUUCCCAUAGAAGGGGCACAGUCUAUUGUAGGACCGAUGAUGAACAUGCUACCAUUUCAUAUCUCUCUGGAUACCUACAUCACAGUAGAUGAAUACCUAAGGGCGGUCUUUAAUUCCUUGGUGGAGAUAAUGUCAUUUCACUGGAGUACGCCCAACCAUGGCUAUUCUCGGAACUUUUCGUCAGCUGUGAACAUCCAGUGUGAAAAGUCAACAUUUGAGGAGACUUCAUUUUCCCCAAUACAAGAACCCUUCAGCCAGGUAGUUUCGGAUAUUCCGAUACAGGUUGAAGUUGCGAGAUGUGGGCGCAUUUACCUGACCUACAACACAGAGUCAUUUGAUCAUGUUCAGAUGGGACGCAUGAGUACCGCACUGUCCAGAAUCCUUGAUGCUCUCAUAACGCCAGGAUUGUCUUUGAAAGCCUGCCUCGAGUCACCAAUCGGACCACUGGAACGAGCAGAAUUAGGCAGUCUGGGGAACUGGGAGUCUAUACUUUCGAGACGAGGCUCAACCCAGGAGGACCUGGUCUCGCUGUUCGAGCGCGCAGCGGAGGCUAACCCCCAGCUGGUCGCCGUUCAGGAUACCUUACGGACUCUCACGUAUGCAGAGCUUCACCACCAGUCAUCAGUUGUUGCUGGGCAGCUGCUGGCUUUCGUCGCCCCUGGAGACGUUGUGUGUGUCCAUGCUGACGGUAGCAUGAACUGGAUCGUUGCCAUUUACGCAGUCCUCAAGGCAGGCGCAACAUACUGUCCACUGGAUCAACACCUCCCCGACGCCGAUCGAGCCAUCAAGUUUGGAGCCGCUAAUGCAAAGGCUUACCUAACUGGACAAGCAGCGCCUACGGCCAAGCCAACUUGGUGCCCCGUAUGGCUUUCCGUCGAACAACUACUUGUGGAGGAAUGGAUUCCUGCCUUUAUUCGAGGCCUUCCCACGCAGAAAGAACGACUGGGAUCGAAUGCGUACAUCUGCUUCACAUCUGGGUCAACCGGAAAGCCCAAGGGCGUCAUUUGCCGACACGAAGGGCUGGUAGCGUUCCAGCAAGACUUUCGUGUUCGGCUGUGUGCACGACCUGGAUGGAGGGUUGCGCAGUUCAUGUCUCCGGGAUUUGACGGCAGCAUCCACGAGAUAUUCUCGGCUCUGUGCUAUGGCGCUACUCUGGUUUUGAAGGACGCUUUGAGGCCAUUUGAUCAUCUCAAGGUAUGCAAUACGGCAAUCCUGACGCCUUCGGUUGCCCAGGCACUUGAUCCUGCCGACUUUGAGGGAUUACAGGUAGUUUAUCUCGUCGGCGAAGCCGUUCCUCAGAGUGUGUGUGAUAAAUGGGCUUUUCAGAGGCAACUUUUCAACAUGUAUGGACCAACUGAAGCUACGUGUGGCGCAACCAUCAAACCGCUGACUGCGCAAUUGCCUGUGACUCUGGGGGUUCCAACCUCCUCAACGAGAAUCUACAUUCUCGACGGCCACAAACAACUAGUUCCUCGAGGCGUCAUUGGCGAGAUAUAUCUUGCCGGGAUACAAGUUGCGGAUAAAUAUGUUGGGCAACCUGAUGAGACAUCGAAGAAAUUCUCCUUGGAUUCCAUCAACCCCGAGUACAGCGACGAGUACAUGUAUCGAACAGGCGAUCGUGGAUUUUGGAACGAAUGCGGAGAACUGCUGUUCUUGGGCAGGGCUGAUCGCCAAGUCAAACUCCGAGGAUUUCGAAUAGACCUGGACGAUCUGGAGGUUCGAAUGACCAAAGCUGACGGCCAAUGCACGACAACAGCCGUGAUCAUCAAGGACGACAGUCUUGUGGCCUUUAUCCAGCCUGCCAACCUGGACAUACAAAAGUUCAAAUCACAUAUUCGCCAGCACAUUCCCGUCUACUCGUUACCCCACCAUAUCAUAGCUGUGAAUUCAUUCCCCACCACACCAACUGGGAAGCUUGACUAUAAGGCUCUUGCCUCUGAGGCGAACGAGGAACCUAUGCCAGAUCAAAUAUCAGUCGAUUCAGAGAAGAAAAUCACCACAGCGCUAAGAUACGUGCUGGGAAUAUCUGAAAAUACGGAUAUAGACUGUGAGGCUAGUUUCAGUGAGCUCGGAGGGAAUUCCAUCCACGCAAUGCGCCUGAAACAUCGCCUGUCCAGAGAUUUUGAGCAACAUGUCUCAGUCAGUAUGAUUCUUGAAUCUGUCAGCAUCCGAGAUUUGGCUAAGGCGGUCGCACGACUCCAACCCACAGGCGAUAACCACGCUGGUUUGACACUUGAAGAUCAUCACACGUCACCUAUUGAGAGCGAGUGGUGGUACAAGUAUCAACAAAACAUCGGAACAUCUUCGUUCAACGUCUCAUAUGCCUGCAAACUUCCUCAAUCCCUCGACCGUCUUCGAUUGGUAUCAGCCUGGAAUCUUGUUCUGCGUCGUCACCGUAUUCUGAGGUGCAAAUAUCGGCUUUCGGGUUCUCGCGGCUUGAUCAGGGAAUACUUCCCGCACCCGCCUACUACAAAGGAGGUUGAUGUCAUGGAUAUCAAGACAGAGGUCAACACCACUUUCAAUGUGACGCGAGGAGAUGAACUGAUCCGAGUUUUGGUCUCGUCAAAGCACAUGCUUGUUGUUGUCAGUCAUAUCAUCUGCGAUUUGACAACCCUCGGCAUCUUACUACGAGAAGUAGCAGAUGUGUACCACAGUAACGAGCUGUCUCCCGUCUUGAAAACAUAUUUUCAGACGGUGUGGUCAGUUCCUGCGGCACCCCAUAAUUUGGCAUUCUGGUCCCAGUAUCUUGAUGGUGCUUGUCAGCCUACGCCUUCCAUCUUGAACGAUGGAAAGAAAAGGAAGACUUGGAAUGGAUCAUCUCACGUCUUCGAGAUUGACAAAGCCGCAUACCAGGGAAUGAUCAGCUUUGUUUCUGCCAACAAGGUUACCAUGCACCAGUUAGUGAUAGGCGCUGUCGCACUAGCACUCCAACAAGAAAGUGAGGAUUGCGAUAUUGUGGUUGGCGCUCCUUACCUCAAUCGGAACUCUGAAGAGGACUUGGAAGUUGUCGGUCUCUUCCUGGAACCUCUGCCAAUCCGUGUCCGUUACUCAUCUAGUGAUGAAGAGAACGGCGUUCACAGUGAAAGCUUUGGAUCAUCCACCCCUUCGUUAAAGGUGAAACCAGACCCAUUCAUCAGGGCCGUGCAACAAUCCAGCAGAGCUGCACUCUCACAUGCAGUACCUUGGGACCAGCUUAUAAAACACCUGAAACUGGAACCCGACUUUCCAAACCAUCAUAUUUUCGAUACCAUGGUCACCUUUCACGAGGCUGACCAGAGUCUCCGCUUCCCCAUCAGGGACACACAAUUUCUACACACAUGGGCCGACGGUGCCAAGUUCCGGCUCAUGGUUGAAUUCACAUCACGGGAUGAUGGAACUGUCUCCGUCAGGUUGGAGUAUAGUACCGAGUGUCUGACGAGGGAGAAGGCGCAACUGAUUGGGCAGUUGGUGCUCGAGGCACUUCAAGGACUAGUUGCUGGUGACGGCUACCUUGGAACAAUCCGUCGACUUAGGGCUUUACGAAAUAAUGGUGCCUCGGAUGCCAUGAUGGAGCGGUAA